AUGAGAUCUUAUCUUUUUGGACUUUUGGUUUUGAUUGCUUCCUUAGCUGUUCUCGUCAUCGCAGCUCCAGCUCCACAAACCACCAAAUCUCCAAAUAGCAAGCAAAACACCAACCUUCCAAAGAGCAAGCAAAACAACACCCCUCCAAAGAGCAAGCAAAACAACACCCCUCCAAAGAGCAAGCAAAACAACACCCCUCCAAAGAGCAAGCAAAGCAACACUCCCACCCCUCCAAAGAGCAAGCAAAACAACACCCCUCCAAAGAGCAAGCAAAGCAACACCCCCACCCCUCCAAAGAGCAACAACUCUACAU